AUGGAUGAAAAUCUGUUAAAAGCCGUCUUAACAAAGUAUUUUGGAGAAAAAACAGGAAAUGUAACGAGAGAAACAUCCAAAGAUGAACUCAAAUGCAUCUAUGAUGAACGGUCAGGAACUUAUGACCAGGUACAUAUCGGAAUUACGAAAAAAUGACCCAGUGCACUCCAAGAGUUAUUGGCCCGUUUCAUGAAAGGUCCAGUAUUUUUUCGGGCCCGCUGCAAUAUUCAUUCAACCACUUUGCGGUUGCUCGAUUUUGUCAAUCACACCUAUGAUUACAGAUCGAAUUGGACUCCACUCAGUCCUAUUACCAUUAAUAAGAGUUUGAUUUUUCUUAACGCGUACGUAGGAAAUAUUAGCGGUUGGUGCUGCUUUUCACAAGCCACUCGCCAAAUGUUUGCAUAACGCCUUAAAGGAAGUUCUGAAAGACAAACCAAAGGAUCAGAUCAAAAUUAUGGACGCUGGAGCUGGGACGGGGCUGAUAGGAGUGGAGCUCAAGAAACUGGAUUACACGAACCUAUGUGCUCUUGACAUCUCACCUGGCAUGUUAAACGAAGCAAAGAAGAAAAAUGUUUACAACGAAUUAAUCUGCGCGCCUUUGAGCGGGCAGCAGAUACCUCAGAUUAAAUCAGGGCAAUUCGAUGCCUUGAUUUCUGGUGGGGCACUCCAUGAAGGACGUGUCAGUUCAUCUGCUUUCGUGGAGAUGAUCAGAAUGGUUCGAGCUGGUAGGUCUUUAAAUGGAGUUUAUCGAGGCACAAAUGCAUUUGAUUUACAGAUGUCCACGGAGAGUCUCUUCUGUGGCUGAUUGUGAGACUUGACACUGAAUCAUCAAUUAGUUGGGGCUCCAUAACAAAUGAAGUUUAGGAAACUUGCUCGUAAUGUUUUGAGUGUUAUGCGCCAUAAAAAAAAUGGUCUACGAAUAAGCGGACGUUACCCCCGAUAAAAAUCAUGCUUAGGUUAAACUUAAGAUGAAAAAACACUUUUAACCAAAAAGGAAAGAAGGAUGAUUUAAGAUUGAAGAGAUUUCAAAACAGAAAAACGUGUAAAAUCUACUAGCAACUUGUAUUUUUCUUGUUUGUUUGUUUUUUUUAAACUAUGAAAUAGGUCGUGAAAGCUACCUAUGUGGAUAGGCAUGAAGUCUCAAGUAACAGGCUUCUUGGUGAAUUCAUUUAACAUCUGGUACAUGACCCGAGAAUCUUUUCCUGGUUGCCAAAUCUUCUCUCUGCCAAUUCGCUUUAAGAAUGUCUUAUUAUAUCAAGAGCGCGACCUCCAGCUUCUCUCUUCAUCUUUUUGUUGGAUGAUGUACUAAUAUUUUAAGGGAAGGGGAACAAAUUAACCACCUCCCUGAAUUGAAUGAUUGAUGCAUGGAACGAUUCGAAAAAAGGAUGGAAAUUUCCCUCGACGAAACCUUAAAAGUCAACUAAAUCCUAAUAUUAACUUCUUUGCAGAUGGCCUCCUCUGUUUCAACAUUUGGGAAGGUCAGUUAGGAGACUAUCAAGAAAUGAUGAGGCAGCUGGAGAAAGAUGGGAAAUGGAUCUGCUUGUCCAGAGAGACUUUACCUCUCUUUACAGCCGUGGACAUGCCCAAAGAAUGCUUGGGCUUCGUUUACAAAGUUUUGAAAAAUUAA